AUGGCCGCAUCCUCUUCGGUGGACGGCCCCUGCGGGACAGGAGAGGCGCUGACGAUUGCCUUGAUCGAGGAAGUAUCUGCAAAUCUGGAACUGCAGACACGGUUAGCAAGACUGCAAAAGACUGGAGGAGAAGGCAACAAUGCCGAGAAGCGACGGUUGGACGUGGAGUCCUUGAGUUCGGAGGACGAGGUUCCAGUGAGCACGCUGGAGGAAACGAAAGCGGAUGUGAUCGCGGAGGUGUCCCAUUUCACGAAGUACAUCUCUUCUGGUUUGGGCUCGGAUUUGUCCGGCUUGCCAGUGCGGUUCCUGCCGCCUGGAAACGUGAGCGAGCUCUACGUGGAUUUCUGUUCUAGUUUUACAGACCAAGCCCGCGUUCCUUCCUUCGCAUGUUUCGGGAAGGCCUUCACAGACAUCAGCCACAUUCUGAAGUUCCGGCCGAAAGGCGAAUUUACGGAAUGCGACGUAUGUGAGGCCUUGAAGGCGAAGAUCAAAGAUGCACAGCAGAGAGACAUGGCAUCCUUGGUCAGUGCAACCCACGAACUGCGACUGCACUACCACAACGUGGGCGUCUCUCGAGAUCUGGAAGAAGCGUUGCGGCUGCUGCCACCAGAUGGCCCCAAGGCCAUGUUGGUCAUGAUGACCGACGGCAUGGACCAGGCGCACUGGUCGGUGCCCCGUUUGCCAGGGUGGAAAGCUGGGAAGCAGUUCAGCACAUUGCACCGUCCACGCUGCAUCGUGCAAGGUUGUUGGGUCUUUCACUACGGCCUGCAUUUCAUAGUGGCAGACAAGACACAACCGCAUGAUAGCAACUUUGUAGUGGAGACAGUGGCAAGGGCAUUGGAGCAUGUCCAUCGCACUGCUGUGCGGUUGGGUCGACCAUUGCCUCGGGAGUUUGUGUUAUGGACAGAUAACACAACCCGCGAAAAUAAAAACAAUACGCUGUUGGCGUUCAUGUCUCUAUUGAUCCACAGAGGAGUCUUCUCGCUGUCGUGUGUGUCCUGUCAUAUAGAGGGGCAUACACAUAACAUCCUGGAUCAACUCUUUGGAAUCAUUGCCAGAAGUUUCCAGUAUGUGGACAAACUUGAAGACAUCUGGGCAGUGAUCGAUGAGCUGCGUCGCAUAUUGAAGAAGCCCAGCUUGCGGCAGUUCCUGGGUGGCGCGGAAGUGGACGUGACAGUCGAAUGCAUGGAGGGAUGCCGGCAUUGGGCCAAGUAUCUCGAGGAGUUACAGGUCCGACUGGACGGCGGCCUGCUAAGUGUUGGGGAGACGCCCUCCAACCACAUGUUCCUCUGGAUGCAUCGCAAAGAUUUGCCGGCACCCGUGGCCAGGCGCGUCCUCCCACUGGCGCGUGCAAGGCGGAACCAGCCGGACCCUUUUGUUGCACAUCCUCUGGACGUUGUCUUGCUGCAGAAGCAGUAUGUUUGGGAGACUGACCUGAAAUGCGACCCACAGGUCGUGCUGCCUCAUGUGCUGGGUUUGCGGUUCCACACUGCCCAAGGAUACGUACCUCGUUUGUUGAGGCCUCCGAACCGCCCAGAUGCUGAGGGCUGGCUGUUGUGCGCAAAAGCCUUGCUGCAGAUGUAUCCUUCGGGUAACAUGGUCAGGACGGUUAAAUACUUGCAAGAGUUGGCAGCUGGCCAGCGCGGCCAGUCAACCGAUUUCCCAGACUUGCCAUGGUUCGAGUCCUGCCGUGGCCGGACCGAUGUCGAAGCUGCACUUGCCUGCCAGCCCGAACAUCUCAACAGCUUGGUUCCAAGCCUGGCCACCAGGGCAGUUUACAGAGGGCCGUGA